AGUAAGAAAAACAGGGUAUCUCAUCCAUAGGCACAACAUGAUGUGAUAUGGUCGACAGUUUAUUUCGUCGUUGCUCCUGAAAUAUGAAAAUGUUUCCGAACUCUGCUAGCAAGUUCUAAGGGUACAUAAUUGGCGCACAAAAGUAGUACAGUAUUAUGUGCUUGGAAAACCGAAGAAUACUAAUGAAUAACGUGGGGCACAACCCGGAGCUCUUUCGAUGGAAGAGACUCACGAAGUCCAAGACGCCAGUACAAAAGGUGCAGUUAAAGAAUGAUGACAUUGAUCACUGGAUGAAGAGGGUUGAAGCUGCCUCAGAAUUUGCUGUGUCGGAAGUAUUUUCGCUGCAUAAGCCUGUUGGGAAUUCGAAGAUUAGAGGUCAUGCAAUGGCAUUGGAGAGCACAGAGCAACUGCAAGAUCAUGAUGAUGCAUUCAGUGAAGCCCAGACCUUGCUGAGCGAGUGGGUGAACAGCAAGCUCAGGCUGGAACUGGAGACAGAAGAUGAAGAUGGGCUGGGGCACGUGUGUGAGACAGACCGUUCAGAACCAGCUCCACGUGUCCAGGACGGCCCAGAUUUCCUACGCUAUGACAACUUCGAUGACCUCUAUUCCCAUUUGGAGCAGGAGGCAGAGAGUUCCGCUGUGCACAGCUUUCUGCAAGAUCUCAUGGAGAAGGAAGUAGUGGAGUCUGGGGUAAUGGAUGACCUCAGAAUGGACACGGAAAGGAAGCGCCGGAGCGAUCCAAGAGUCACCAUGGAGGUUAGACACCAGCAGGUGAAGGAGAGCCGUGCGCGGCGAGAGGCGGAGCAGGAGCGGCGGCGCCGGGACAGCGCCCUCCAGAGGGAGGCCCGGGCCGCAGCGCGGCGCCUCCUGCAGGGGGAGGAGCGCAGGAAGAGGCUGGAGGCACAGCAGCAGGAGGAGCUCAUCCAGAGGGAGGUGGUCCGGCUGCGCAAGGACAUGGCCGAGCAGAGGAGCGUCGCAGGACUGGCCAGGCAGAUGGAAAGAGAGAGGCAGGAGAGAAAGCGAUCCGCAGGAGGCACAGCGCAUGCUGAGCCCAUCGCCGGCAUGGGGGUCCCCAAAUCCAGUCCCCAGCCCCUGGUCCGACAGGCUGCACAGAUGCAGCUGCAGCAUGAACAGCUAGAGGCUGAGAGACUGCGCAGACUGAGGGAGACUGAGGCCAGGACACAUAUUCUAAACUUGAGGCGCCUCCAGAAACACUUCUCUGCCUGGUACUCCGUGGUGCUGGAGCGCCGGCUGCAGGCGGGCAAGGCAGCGGCGCUGUGUGACUGGAGGAGCCAGCUGAGGGCCUGGCGGGCCUGGCAGGCCCUGGUGUGGGCCCGGCGGGCGGAGAGGACGGAGGAGGAGCUGCGCGGCCACAACAGGAAGUGCCAGCGGGCCCUGGAGAGCGACCGGCGGCGGCUGCUGCGGCACUUCCUGGGCGAGUGGCGGCGCUGGUGCCGCGCGCGGCGGGAGAGGCGCCGGCUCCAGGCCCAGCAGGAGGAGACCCGGCGGAAGAUGGCCGCCCUGAUCAGCGCCGCCUCCUCGGGGGAGCUGUGGGCUGGCCGGCCCGCCGGCCAGGGGGCCACGGCCUCGUCCGAGCAGCACCAGCCCGCGGCACAGACAGAGAGUACCCAGCCUUCCGCAAAGCGUGAAGAGACAGAUUUGGCCUCUCCUCCUCCCGCGCCUGCAGUAAGGGAUGGUGGUGGGCGCCCGGCGUCGAGGCCUAAGCACGCCUGGCAGGUCACCAAGAAACAUGCCGCGCUGACCGCGGAGGACCUCAGCAGAAACGCGCAGCAGCCCCCACCGGGGGGGGCAGCGGGCGGCGGCGGCGGCGGCUUUGAGCACCGGCACGCCUUCCAGCAGCGGAUGCUCGAGCAGCAGCGCCGGCAGCUGAGGGAGCAGCAGGAGAUGAUCCUGGAGCUGCAGGAGAACCAGCGGCUGCUGAUGCUGAGGCAGGAGGCGGAGAGGGCCCAGGCCAGCCUCCCUGCCCCGCCUGCCCAGAAACCCAGUUCAGGCGGCACGGCGCUAGGGGAGUCCAGGUCGGGAGCUGCAGUACAGAGCCAGGGAGAAAAUCACUCUAAGGAAGAGAACAACACCCUGUCUGUUUCCAGAGCACCCCUGAGGCCCUCCUGCUCUCCUCACCCUGCAGUCACAGCCAUGGAAGAGCGUGCUAAGCAGCGUGCUGUGCGGAGGAAAGAGAUUGAAGAGAUGAAAAGGAAGAGGGAGGAAGAGAGAAUAGCCCAACUACAAGCAGCUGAGGAGGAGAGACAGAGGCAGGAAGAGGCUGAGAGGCAGGCUGCGGCGGAGAGGAAGCGUGAGGAGAGGAGACUGCAGAGACAGAGGGAGCAGGAGAGGCUGACCAGGCUGGAGAGGGAGCAGCAGCUGCAGGCCAGGGCCUCCGACCACUACCUGUGCACCUUGCUGACGCGCCGGGGCCUGGCGCCGUGGAAACGGCUGCUGGAGCAAGCCAGGAGAAACGCACAGCUGGCCGAGACGCAUCACGGCCAUUCCCUCCUCCGGCGGUGCUUCAGCUCCUGGCUGCAGACGGCAGGCGAGUCCCUGGCUGAGAAGGAGGCCCGUGCUGAACAGCUCUACCGUCGCAUCCUGCUCAGGCGGUGUCUGCACCACUGGCUGAAGUGUAAGGAUUACUGCUCCGUGCUGGAGGAGAAAGCCGGGCGGCUCUGCAGAGCCAGGCUGCAGCGGAAGACGCUCCUGGCCCUGCUGGACUACUGCACCCGGGAGAGGAUGGCCCGCUGGGACAGGGAGCAGCUGGCGGAGCGGCACAGUCGCAGGCGGGCGGUGGUCAGCUGUUUCCGGGCGUGGCGCGGGUUCCCCCACCUUCUGCGGGAGGAGAGGGAGAGGGAGGCACGCAGGGAGCGUCUGCGGCGCAGAGUGGCCGAGGUCCUCCCCGACUUCGGCUCCUGAUCCCACGCUGGAGGGCGGCUCAACGGGAUCCAGACCCCCCAGCCCUUCGGGGACCUGGGGCGAGUCCUGCAUUCGGGUGCCGUGACAGGCUGCAGCAGCCGCCGAGGAGACCACGGUCUUCCUGGGACAAGAGCCGCUGGCCCCGUCCCGUGCCGCGUCACCCAGCCCUAUCCCGCCACCAGGCCGUGGCAGAGCGAAGGGCUUUCAGCAAAAUGAGGUUCCGAAACUGGACAGAGAGAGAGAAGAAGGCGGGCACCCGCCUGCUGGUCCAGCUGGCCUGGAAAAUUCAGUGGAGCACAGCAGUGGAAAACCCCCAGAAUCAAGCUGUGCUUGUGCAGUAAGUGGUCACAACAGACAUUUACCAUUUUUAACCAAAGCCUCGCCCACAAAUCUCAUUUCCGCCCGAAGUGUGCAAAGACAAGCUCGUGUCAAAAUCGUCACUGGUCAUUAAAAAGGAGACAAUGAUUCUCUGGAAAGGGCAUGA